UUGGUGCUGGUUCUGGCUCCGCCUUCCAUGGUGAGGCUGCUCCGGUCAGAGCGAUGGACCGUCAAGUCAGAGGCCGUCAUCAUCAAAUGGAUCAGAAGUGUGCUUCUCUCUGGCGGCUCGGCGCAGAUGAGGAAAGAACACUUGGAGCAAAGUCAAAAUACCAACAGCGAAUUCUUGCAGGAUGUCGACUUGUUGAAUUUCCUUCCUACUGAUAUCGACCAUACGCAAUCACUAAAAGAUUUGGGGUCGGCUAUAUUCGCGCGUCUUCAGGGCCUGUCACUCUCAACCUUACCCGAACGUUUGACCAUCCCAGAACGAAGACACAUUGACUUCCAGACCGGGAGACUAUUGCGUCGGAUCUCACUCCUGCAAGCACCUUCAGGGAGGUUCGGUCCGGCGGUUCCAGUACUCGGUUCGACACCUGGGACUCCAGGUCGAGCAAAGAUGGGCGCAGAAGCCUCCAGAGGGGUGGGCAACUGGGCCCCGGCGUUCCACGUCAUGCUUGAGGGGGUACUGCGAGAUGCUGAAGAUAUGGCCGUGACGGUCCCUUAUUACGCAAUACGACGGCAUUUCCAACGACUCGGCCAUUGCUUAGACGCAGUCAAAACACCAAGACUGGUCGUUCUCGACGCUGCUCACGACUGGAACAUCGAGGCCGAGAGGGUCACCAUCUCUGGGAACGUCACGAGAACAAAGCAGGAACUACUAGCAUUGCAACGCCCGCUUGAGAGCUGGGAUGACCCGGAUCACGGCAGCAAAGAUAGAGGGCCCCCGGAUCGAGAUCAUGCUGCAGGCAUACGAGUGACGGGGCUGCGCGACUGGAGCAACUGCAUCUUUGGCGACCCGCUGAUGGCCAUGGUCUUCACCGAGAGGCCCUCCAAGGACUUUCUACGCGGCUUCAGCGGCCGGCCAAGAAGGCAGUCAGAAUACGAGUCCGAUUGCGACGAGGACUUUGCCGUUCGCCUCCUGUAUGGGAACCUAGUUGAAUGUCAAGAGGAGGCUCAUGUUCGUCUGCUGUUGUACCAGUGCUUUCAUGCUACGGUAGCUGUGGUGAGAGAAUUCUACCGGCCACGAAGUGAUAGCACGAGCAGGGAAUUUGCGGCGAGGAAGAAAUUGAACACGGUGCUGGCUCGGCUAGAGAGCAUAAAGGAAUAUUCCAAGAGAAGCCAUGGGAGACCGACUAGUGAGAUGUCGCCAGCAAAGAGG